AUGGCGCCGCGUUCAGGUGAAGUAGCAAAGCUAUUUGCAGAUGCAGGUCUAGUGUGCAUUGCUAGUUUUAUAUCUCCGUAUAGGAGAGACCGAGAGUCGUGUCGUGCAUUAUUGUCAGACGGUAGUUUUAUUGAGGUUUUCUUGAACAUGUCCUUGGAAUUGUGUGAAGCAAGGGACCCAAAGGGCCUUUAUAAGCUCGCUCGUGCAGGAAAAAUAAAGGGUUUUACUGGUAUUGAUGACCCUUAUGAAGCACCAUUAAAUUGUGAGAUUGAGAUCAAGGAAGUGGAUGGCGUAUGUCCUUCACCCUCUGACAUGGCGGAACAGGUGGUAACUUAUCUUGAGGAGAAAGGCUUUCUGCACGAGUAGACGGAAAUGGAAGAAUCCUUGAGGCCGUUGUCGUGUUGGAGAGUAUUUCCGCUAGAUUAGCGCAUAAUAAGUCAAAC